CAUGCGACACUGUCUCCGCCGACAAUCAGGUGUAAAAGCGACAUGGCCGAUAGCGAGUUCGAAGAAUUUCGUCGAGUAUUCGACAGAUUACCCCAGCACAUAAAAGCUCCCACUCCGUUUUACUCGUUAGUGCCAAAUGUGGGUUUGGAUGAUGAAUCACCGUCAUCAAAAAGUGACGGCUCGCCUGAGGAGGACAGAGGAUGUAUGGGCGACAAUGAAACGGCAGCCUCAGCACAAGAAGAAAUUGUCUCUCCACCACCACAACCCGACGUAAUUGAAACACAACGGAGCCCGAGUCAUCAAACAUUCACAAAUGGCCAAAGACGAAGGAGAAAAUUACCCGAAAUACCAAAGGACAAAAGAUCUUCUAUACUAGCAUGCAGCCAGCCCGCAUCUCUCGCUGAUGAGCUAGGAGCCCUCGCUGGAGUGCUGAUCAGACCAGGAUGCCAGGGCCGACCACUACUGGUGCUCAAGUGCGGGUACCUCCUUGACGAAGACUCGAGCCCUGACUCGGAGAGACUGCAGAGUCUGGGUGAUGUCGACAGUGGACACAGCACAGCACACUCCCCUAUCGACACGGGGCCGAAAAGUAUAUCACCAACGCCGUUACAACAAAAUGUAUCACCAUCAUCAAGUUGCAGUAUCAGCGGCAUUCAUUUUGCGGGUAACAUGACAACAGUUCCACAUAACCAACUAGAAAUGCUCGAAGCUACGCACAGAGGCCUACACAAGUUCAACCCUAGACAUCACGAUGAAAUCGAAGUAGAAAUUGGGGAUCCCAUUUAUGUACAAAAGGAAGCAGAUGAUUUAUGGUGCGAAGGUGUAAAUCUCAGGACAGGCCAACAAGGAAUUUUCCCGUCUGCGUAUGCUGUUGACAUGGACUAUAACGAUUUUGACCCAGCCAAUGCCAAAGUGAAACGAGAGAGAUAUUUAUUAGGAUAUAUGGGGUCAGUAGAAACCUUGGCUCACAAAGGAACAGGUGUGGUAUGUCAAGCGGUGAAGAAGAUCGUCGGCGAGUGCAGUGGAGAACCAGUCGUGCAGCCCUGUAUAUUGGAAGUAUCAGACCAAGGCCUACGUAUGGUCGACCGAUCAAAGCCAGAUAGAAGUCGUAGUGGCCCUUGCAUUGACUACUUCUACUCGCUGAAGAACGUAUCGUUCUGCGCGUUUCACCCCCGUGAUCACCGGUAUCUGGGAUUCAUCACAAAGCAUCCAACGCUGCAACGGUUUGCGUGCCACGUCUUCCGGGGCCAGGAGUCUACUAGGCCUGUCGCCGAAGCCGUGGGGAGAGCUUUCCAGAGGUUUUAUCAGAAGUUUAUAGAGACAGCGUAUCCGAUUGAAGAUAUCUACAUAGAGUAAAAAUCAUAAUUAACAAAACAUUUCACUAGCUUUUUAUACUUAUUUCACUUUAAAGCCACAGAGCUUAAAGGUAACUGAGAAUAUUAUUAUUUUUGAAGCAUAGAUACUCGUACAUACUGAUUCGUUGUCCCGUCUUACAUUAUUUUCUUCUUCUGUCUCUCAAAUACUAAGCUCAGUGGCUAUAAAGUUUAUAUUAUGUAAUUCUUCUGAACUUGUUAUCGAUGCUAUGUCGCCUUUUCAAUAGGUUAUAAAUUACAUUGUAAACUUUUAAUGAUAUUCAAACAAUAUGUACUCAUAAGACAUUGAUAUGUCGUUACGUAUAUUUUCAGCCUUGAAAUUAAAUUACAUUUUUAGCAAUUGAUGAUAUAAUUGUAUUGUUAUCGCAUAAGAUUAAUGUAAAAUGAAAUAUCUUAAUUAAUUAAAAUUUCCACUGCUGUUUAAUACUAUGUAGUAAUGUAAUAGAUUGUUAUAACUAUGAGUAAUUUGGCAUGGCUACAUAGAAAAAUGAAUAUAAAUAGUACACCACAUUACAGAUAUAAGACUUAGAGAUUAUUUUUGAAGAAACAUUACGAAUAUUGUAUGAUCAAAAUUUUAUAAAGGAUGGAAUUAUGUAAUGCCACCUGGAGGGAAAGUACUCUUCACACUGUACAUGGAACAUUUUACUCAAAGAAAACAUUUCUUUAUUUUCGGGAAUCGAACCAACUAAAAUCUGUUAAAAAUUACAUCCUUUAUUUUUAUUGCAUCGAUCGUUAAGGUUAAGUAGGUAUAAGGAUGAAAUCUCAAACAAAAUUGAUAAAUCAGAUGAAAGGAAAACCAUGCAAUUUUAAAUUAUUUCAAUUAUUUACAAAAAAAAUGGUAUGGUGGUAAAUUUUCGCAAAAUUUUCGAAAAUAUACUUUUGCUUCUUUUUGUUUUCAAAAUUAAAAGAAUGUUUUCUUUGAGUAAAAUGUUCUAUCCACAGUAUUAAGAGUACUUUCCCUCCAGGUGGCAUUACAAAAUCUCACCCCGUAUACUAAAUUGAAUUCAAUAACUUCAUGUAACUUGGUGUAUUUUUAUAAAAACGGCUAGAGAGCUCAAUUAAGAUUAAUGCAAAGAAGGGUAAAGCAAAGAUUUCUUCAUCUCAGAAUUUUUAAUCGGGUGUUAUUGAUCAUUGAUAAUAAUCAAGAAUCUCUACCACUGUGAUAUCAAUUCAAAUAAUUUAUUCUGGUGUAAGGUAUAUUUUAUAAUAAUUUCUUAUUAAAAAUUUUUGUUUGUAAGUUUGUAUCGUCAAAAUUUUUGAUAAUUAUUUGGUUAUGACGAGUAUUUUUUAGUAAAUCAAUAACCAUUACAUUGCAUAUUAUUAGAUUAUUGUGUUAAAAGCGGUUAUCAGAUAGAAUCAAUUGUACAGAAAUUCGUAUGAAUUUAAUGUAAUAUAUUAGGCAUUGCAGUUUCAAUGUAUGUAUUGUAUGUAGAUAGGUAACCAAUAGCGGUUGAUUCGCUUAAUCGCGAUAUUAUUUUCGGUUGAUUAUACCUGCACCAUAAUUAAAAGUUAGAUGGUAAUUAAAUUGUAAAUGAUCAUCUUUUGAGAAAUAAUUGUAACGGGUCACAUUCAUGUUCUAGAUUAUAAGAUAUUGGAGCAAUAUUUUGUGCCGUGUAAAGGCCAUCAUAAUUAUGUUACAAUUAAUGCAUGUAGGUGACAGGCUUUCUUAAUGUUUUAGUUUCAAUUUUUUUAUAAAUACCAUUCUGGCCAUUAUAUCAAUCGAUAAAAUAUUAUUAUUCUGUUUUCUAUGACUUAAAACAAAAAAAAAUAUGAACUAACAUAUCUACCGAUUCAUAAGAGAAAGUAUUUUUUUACAUUCUAAUUUUCUCCCUCUAUAAUAUUUAGUAAACCCAAUAAGUGGGGGUGAAAUUGAAAUCGUACGUAAUUAAUAAAAUCCGGGGUUGUUGAGCAUCAGUGUUGGAAAGGUUUUGAUGAAUGAAACAAAAAAAAAAAGAUAUUUUUAUAAAUAAACAAUCUCAAUGGCUGAAAGCACAUUGCUGCAGCCUGUAAAGUUAUGGUUUUGCAUGAAAGUCUGUCAUUUUUGAGGUAAGUAACAUGAAACUGACAGUUUCGUGGAGGUAGUCCCAAGGUCUACAUAAGUAACCGAGUAAGCUUAUAAAUCAGCAAUAAAUACAAACUAUAGUGAGACACUAGCUAUAACAAUAAUAUUAUUACUAUUUUAAUCCACAUAGAACACCAUAGUGCCCUUGAAGAAACAGUAUUAGUGAAAACAAAAGGUUGUAUAUUCUAUGACUUGUACAUAGCUUAACUUUUUGGAUAGGUUUUCUUUGCGUUGUUUUACUUUACAUUAUGCUUGUAGCCAAAUCGCCUACAACGUUUAAGAACUAAGCUUUAAAUAUAAUACUCUUGUAGUUAUACACACUUACUUCUAUAAAAUACUUGUAUACAUAUUAUGAGAUUUAUCAAAGAUUGCUUGUAAGGUUAGUAUGUGUAUAUACAAAAGUAUUAUCACAUGAAUGUGUCCCAAACUUGUAAAUACAAUUAUUUAUCUACAGCGUAUUCGAAGCGAGAAUGUAUUCAACAAAGCUGAAUAGAGCUGUGAAAGAAAUAAAACUAAAUAUAUUAUUUAUUUUUCCAAUAAUUGUCAGCAUAUUCGACAUUAUAACGCAUAAGGCAUUAAAAUAUCUGUGGGACUGAA